AUGAAGUACCUCCCUACCUUGGCCCUUGCUCUCGCCUCCGUGGCUACCGCCGACUGGGCUCUUUACUGCGGUGACUCAUGCUCUAACGGUACCCUCGUUGCCUCUGGAUCGGACGUCGUCGAAACGUGCGCCAGCCUUGGCGGCACAUACGACUACUGCUACAUCCUUGCCGAUGCCGUUUACUACAUAGAUUGGUGGAAGGCCAUCUUCUUUGAGAAUGCCGAUUGUGAAGACCUGGAUGUUGCUGGAGGUUACCAGAGUCUUGGCUUGUUCAAUGGUUCUUGCACCGAUGCUGGAGAUUGGAAGGAGUACUACGUGGUGAUCAACGCUUAA